GGAGCUACUAUCGUCUAAGCACAACGAUUGCUGUGUGGAACAGGGCGCAGAGCUGUAACGAUUCACCGAUACCUACAAUAUCAGCGAUACUUAGGUACACAAGACUCUUGACUCGUCAGUUUGUGAGAUCGCGAUAUGCUAUAAAUAGAAGAGGAACUAAAGAGUUAUCUCCCAUAAUGGCAGAACACAAGGACGUAGUAGCUGAGGACGCGCCGACUACCGUGAUCACUUCAAUUUGCAUCUGUCACUGCAAUACCUGAUGUGAUAAACUGACAUAUGGAGCAGAAAAACCCAUCUAGCUCCCCUGCUGGGAGAAACAAGAGGCAAGGUGGAGCUGACAGGACAGAGCAUGCAGCUGCAACACCACACACAGUACAGCAAUAUUGGACCUGGAAAAAGAAGAAGAAAGAGAAGGAGAAGAAGAAGAAGAAAGAGGAGGAGGAGGGGGAGGAGGAGGAGGAGGGGAAAAGGAAAAGACUAAGGAGAAUUAUAAAAGAAGGAGAAAAGAAGGAGGAAAGAAGGGAAGGAAAAGGGAAGGAAAGAAGGACAAAAAGGAAAAGAAGGGAGAAGAAGGAAGAAAAGGUAAUUAUUGUAGAAAGAACUGGUGGAUAUAGUAAUAUUUUAAGUGAUAUUGGUGCAUAUCUAAGGUGGGUGAUGAUUUUAGCUCCAGUCUCAGAUCUUUGUAGAGAGGGCAUUGCAACAGAAAGUGCUCGUCAUCUUCUAUUUCGUUAAUAUUAC